UAAACGUAAACAUGCCAGACGACCGGUGGAUGCCCAGACUUAAAUCUAAGAUAUCACAAGAACGUGCGUUCGUCCGGUUUUUAAAUCGAAGCACCAGGAUAGUCGAUGUGUUUUGGAUAAAUUUCCGUGGCCAACGAGUAAAUUACGUACGAAACACAGCAGGACUUUGCCCUGGUCAAUAUUUUGAAGUGAACACGUUUGCAGGUCAUCCGUGGAUCUUCAGAGACCGUGAAACGAAUGAUAAACUACAAUGUGGAUCACAGGGUCAGGAGGUCUAUUUUCCAGUAGGCUGGAAUGGGGAGUUUCCCCCAAGCAGGACAAAUGUCCUUAUUGAUGUUCCAGUGUAUUCCUUAGUAGAAAGAUCCAUGCAGAUAAUCAGAAAAAUAGUCUGUAAAAAAGACAUUGAAGACUUAGAAAUACCAAAACCAUUAAAACACCAACUUUUACAUCCAGAUGAUUUACCAGUAUGGUACCCAGAUGAGAACCCAGAAUGUGUCCUAGCAGAGGAAGAUAAUGACCAAGGAUGAUAUUUCUCACAUCACAUUUCAUUAAUGACAGUGGACUGGUAACAUAAACAGAGGCCCUUCAUGGAUCAACAUCAAAAGAUAAAGUUUUAUGGAUACCAAGAGAAAUAUGCCUUCCUGACUGGUAAAGAUUAUGUUCACAGAUAUAUAAACACAGAAGACCACUUUUCAUACCAGUUACUGUAUAACCAGCUG